AUGCCGGCCUUGGAACUCUAAUUAUCAAAGAAAACUACAAGUAGCAAAGAAUUUAUUCACAUCAUUUCUUGUCUCCUCACUGGCUUUCUUUCUCAAUUUUAAUUCUGAUCAUCAUCCAUUAAUUUCAUCAAAUUCAAGAUUCUCAACAUUUAAUGUUCUACAUUUCUGAUCAGCAUAGAAAGAUUGGACUAUAGUCUAUAUAUAGAGAGACAAAAAAGUAGAGUUAAUGCCAACAUAAAUUUCCAUUUAACACUAUCUUGUACAGAUUCAUAGCAUAGAUUAUCUAUAAAUUUCAACCCCAAUUCAUUUCUUCACCAUCUCUCUAGAAAUCACUUGUAAUCUUGUCUGUUGAAAUGGAGCUUGUUGAAAGUAGUUUUUCUGUGGUGUUGUUAACAAUCGUAUUAGGUGGUAUCAUAGGUGGUUUAUAUGGAUUAGUCAAGAAAGCAAAUGAGUGGUAUUAUGGAAGGAGCUUAGGUGAUAAGAGGUUUUUACUUCCUCCAGGUGAUAUGGGUUUACCAAUUUUUGGCAAUAUGUUUUCUUUUCUGCGUGCUUUCAAGUCUGGUAAUCCUGAUCGCUUCAUCUCCAACUUUGUUAAGAGGUAUAAUAGGAUUGGGAUGUACAAGGCAUACAUGUUUGGUAGUCCAACUAUUUUGAUCACAACACCAGAAACAUGUAGGCAAGUUUUGAUGGAUGAAGAACGUUUUAAGCCUGGUUGGCCUAAAGCAGCUAAUGAAUUGAUGGGAAGAAAAUCAUUUAUAGCGAUUCCUUAUGAAGAGCACAAGCGAUUACGUCGCAUUACCGCUGCUCCUGUCAAUGGUCACGAAGCACUAUCCGUAUACCUUACUUAUAUUGAGGAAACUGUUAUAUCAACAUUAGAUAAAUGGUCCAAUAUGGGGGAAAUAGAGUUCUUAACCCAUUUGAGAAAGCUUACAUUUAGGAUUAUUACUUAUAUUUUCCUUAGCUCGGAGGGUAAUCCAGUCGUGGAAGCUCUAGAAAAGGAGUAUACACACCUGAAUUAUGGAGUAAGAGCUAUGGCCAUUAACUAUCCAGGUUUUGCUUACUACAAAGCCUUAAAGGCUAGAAAGAAGCUAGUUGUUAUUCUUCAAACUGUUUUGGAUGAAAGAAGGGAGAGGAGGGCAAGAUUAGGAGAGUCUCCAAAGAAAGAUAUGAUGGAUAAUUUAAUAAAUGUUGAAGAUGAAAAAGGCAUAAAGCUGACGGAUGAAGAUAUCAUUGAUAUUUUAAUUAUGUACUUAAAUGCUGGCCAUGAAUCUUCUGGUCAUAUCACAAUGUGGGCUACUGCCUUCUUACAAGCAAAUCCUGAAUGUUUCAAAAAAGCUAAGGCCGAACAAGAGGAGAUAGUAAGAAACCGGUCUCCUGCACAGAAGGGAUUAACACUUAAGGAAAUUCGGCAAAUGGAUUAUCUUUCUCAGGUGGUCGAUGAGACAUUACGUGUUGUCAAUAUUUCAUCGGUUGUUUUCCGUGAAGCACUUACAGACAUCAAAAUGAAUGGUUAUUUGAUACCCAAAGGUUGGAAAGUUCAGGUUUGGUUCAGGACUGUUCAUAUGGAUCCUGAAGUUUACCCAAAUCCAAAGGAGUUUAAUCCAUCUAGAUGGGAUAAUUACACACCGAAAGCAGGAACUUAUCUUCCCUUUGGAGCUGGUAGUCGGUUAUGCCCUGGGAACGAUCUUGCUAAACUUGAGAUCAUGAUAUUCCUACACCACUUUAUUCUUAAUUAUCAGCUUGAACGCACUAAUCCGGAUUGCAAAUUGAUGUAUCUACCUCAUCCAAGGCCAAAAGACAAUUGUCUAGCAAGAGUUAGGAAGGUUUCCGUAUAAUGGGUUGAUAAUAUGAAUUGCCUGUAUUUCAGAAUGUCACUUCCAUUGUGCAUGUGCUUCUAGUGGUUUUUGAAGUAAGAACUUACUAGAGGAUAUAGUUUAAUCCAAAAAUCAAUGGUUUCUCUCCAAUGUUCACGAGUCAAUUUUGUUUUAUAGUUAUAAAAAUGCUGCAGAACUGGUUUCUUUGUAAUUUUAGUUAUGAAGCACAACCUGGGAAUAAAACUUAUUGUCCUUGUUUUCACCAUUUACAGUGAAACUCUAUAAACUGUUGGGACCGCCAGAAUUUAUUAAUUAAGUAAAAUAUUAAUUAA